AUGGCUUCGGCUGAAAAAGAGACUCGACUAUCAUCCGGCAAUGGCAUAGUCAAGCGACGGCCAGGGGCCGCCUGCGUUCAUUGUCACCGCCGAAAAGUAAAAUGCGAUGCGCAAUCCGUUGGGUUCCCGUGCUCCAAUUGCCAGUCGUCGGGCAGGACAGAUUGUCGCAUACACGAGAAGAAGAGACGGCCUAUGACUCGUUCUACGCUGAAUCCGGUUCCUAUACUUAGUCGCCCGCCUCCGGCUCUUGAAGCCAAUGUUGCACCCUCGCGCUCGCAGGGGACUAAUGCGGAUUCUCUUUGGGCUAAAUCGCCUGACUCACAACAGACUCCACGUCCUGACAACGUUAGUGGUGGCACAGUCGAUGGAUCUCCAGGUACAGGCGGAAUACAAGCACAAGGGACUCUCCGACAUCAUACUGCUCAACCACUGUCAAAUCCCAGCGACGAUAGGCGCGAAAUGGAAAAUCGUCUCGUGACGCUGAUAGACCAGCAAGAAAAUGAUUCCAGGGAAAUCCAGCAUGGCGUUCGUGCGAUAUAUGUAGGCCACGAUGUGUCCAACAUGUCCUUUCUUCUCCGCCAGCAGCGAGGCGAUGAAAUUUCAUAUCAUGUCGCCGGUAACGAAAUACCACGACGUCGCUUGGAAAUAGGACACGAUCAAUUCUUGCAGGACGCUCUGACUCUACCGGAAAAGCCACUUGCAGAUGAAUUAGUGGAUGCAUAUUUCAAACACAUCAACCCCGGUUACCCUCUUGUCGAGGAAGAACUGUUCAUGUCUCAAUACCGCAACAGAGACCCGUCGAACCCACCACCGGUAUUGCUCCUUCAAGCCAUCCUGCUGUGUGGUGUGCACGUCUCUCGCAAUAGCCCAGAAAGAGAAGAGCUGAAGAAUGUAUUUUAUCGCCGAUGUAAAUGGCUGUUUGACAAUCGAAUAGAGCGCAAUCGAGACAUACUCGUGCAAGCCGCGCUGCUGUUGACGUGGCAUUCAGAUGUUCUUGAUGACGAUGUCGCCGCCAAUGCUCAUUAUUGGGUGGGAGUAGCGGCUCGAAUUGCGACGGGUCUGGGAAUGCAUCGCGAUCCCAUGUCGAAUAAGUUUGUUGCGACUGAUCGUCGAACAUGGCGCCGCGUGUGGUGGAUCCUUGUGCAGUACGAUGUGUUGAUAUCAUUAUCCUAUGGUCGACCUCAGGCAAUCAAUCUAGAGGACAGCGACGUACGCCCUUUAACACCAGCAGACUUUGUCGGUUGUGGCCCCCGAGUGCAAAUAGACUUCGUAAUUCAUUUCUCUGGGUUGUGCUCGAUGAUCUCAUAUAUCAUUCGUGAAAGAUUCGGCUUAACGGUCAGCAUGGAGCGCCGGAAGGCUAUACUUCCAGAGGCCGACGAAGCGUUGGCAAAUUGGUCGCUGAGUCUACCAGACUCUCUCCGGCUGAGAGGAUCUAUGGAUUCGUGGUCGGCUAUGCUUCAUCUUACAUACAACAACUUCCUAAUCUUGCUCCAUCGGCCCCAUCCUCGAGCAUCCGCAUACUCAGAGGAUUAUGGUCCACAUGAUGCCGAAAUCUGCAGCGCUGCAGCAGGUGUCAUUACUUCUAUCUUUGAGGAACUCCGGCAGAAGGACUGCAUCAAAUACCUCUGGUGUUCCGGAGUCCACACACUGUUUACAGCCAUGAUCCAAGUGCGGGUCGAAUUACGAUUUUCAAAUCCUAUAUUAGCCAUCAACGCUCUCAGGCGCUUUGAUUCUACACUCUCGUCACUUCGCUGCUUGGCCGAUUACUGGUUCAGUGCCGAGACGAUCCUCCGUCUAUUUGAGAACUCAAAGAAGCUUCAGCAGGAUCUUCGUCUUGUCCAUGAUGAAGCACCAGGACAGGUUAGACAAACCCAGGAAAAUGACAUCGCUGCUUGUGGUACCGGCACUACAGAUCAUAUCUUCCAUCCUGACUGGACAAGUACCGCAUCGGCCUCACAGCAACAGUACAAGAAACCCUCGUCGCGGUACAAUCAGGUACAUCCUAUACCGUAUUCUACUUCAUCUUCCACCAUCUUCAAACAAGAGCCGCUGGAUGAUGAGUGGAGGCGUGAUGAGGUAGAGGAAGAAUCUGAAGAUGACAACGACGACGACGACGAUGACGAAGAUGCAGAAGAUGAAGAACCACCCGUCAAAAAUAUCGAAGCCGACGAACGGGAGAAGAAGAGACGAAAACGUAACAAGCCGACGUUGAGCUGCAGAGAAUGUGUCGGAAAGAAGAUAAGGUGUGAUCGAGGGCGGCCGCACUGUCUCUCUUGUAUCCGGAGAGAAACCGAGUGUAUUUACAGAAUCACAGCUGAUACAGUCGAGGAUUCUCUUCGCAAGCCGACUGCUCGUCGAAAAAUCCAACCGAAGGCGUCGAAGCUGCAGCCACAGCCACAGCCACAAGCACAACAGCAGCAACAGCAGCAAAAACAGAGUUCCAGUGAAAUUGAUGGCUCCCCAGCAUCUUCGACCGGAUCCAAACCCGCCUUGUUCACGCAUCAAGAUGGCACGGAUCUAUUGCUUAGCAACCCACCAUACUCUGAAAUAGGGUCUACUACUACGAUAUUCGGGAUUGGCACGGAUUAUCCAUUUAGUAAUUACUGGACCCAGAAUGGAGGGGUAGCAGAGGUGUUGAAAGUCUUUCCAAGGAAGGAGCAAGCAGAUAUCCUGGUGACCGUUUUCUUCGACGCCGUCGAUCCAGUCUACCCCUUAAUCAGCCGGGAAAGAUUCUACAUUGAUUAUGAAGGCUUCUGGGAACUCGACAACAACCAAAAACCGCAUGUGGACGCUGACUUUCUUGCCCUUGCCUUCAUGGUCCUUGCCAUGGGUACCCAAUUCUUGCAGGCACCCGGGUCACCGGACCAACUCCAGGGUGUUGCAGAUUUUUAUUCUAGUGCGUGUUAUCAGAGCAUGCGGCUAUAUUCAUACCUGAAUCGAACGUCGGUGCGCUGUCUCCAGGCAAUGGUAUUUAUGACAUAUUUUCUCAUGAACUCCGGCCGAGCCUCGGACGGCUGGGCAUUUUCCGGGACAUUGGUGAGACAAGCAACUGCUUACGGAAUCAACCGUGAGCCAACUCUGUUCGGAGCAAAGUUCAAUGCAUUCCAGAUCCUGGAGCGAAGGAGACUUUGGCAUGGAAUUGUGUGCCAGGACAGUUUUAUGAGUAUGAGUCUCGGACUUCCGCCGGCUGCGAUGCAUGGCGAUGUCGGGGCUGCGACACCCCAGCGCGAUAAUGACGAUUCGUCCUAUAGUAUCGCCGAAGCGGGUGGCAAGGAUGCUGCCAGUGAGGAUUUCUCCAAUGAGGUCGGCCAUUCUGACACCGGCUAUGUGCAAAGCAUGUAUAAUCUUGCACUGCUUGCACGCGAUACUAUAGUGCAAGCCCGGUCUUUAUCGACUCCAAUAGCAACCAACCGACGCCAGAGAGAUAGACUAAUGGAAGCCUUCCGCGCUACCUACCGCACUUUCCCGGAUGAGUUUCGCGCUUGGGACGAGACCUCAAUUGCGACCUUGGCUGAACAGGGACGCAAACGUCUUGUUCGACAGAUCAUGUUCCUCACGGGACUCUACUGGCAUUGCGUGACAUUGAUUCAAUGCGAGGGGAUAGAGGAAAGUGAAUUGCAAGAGAAGCAUUGGGCUAAAUCAGGAAGAAAGUUCAAAGGCCCAAGUAGUGUCGAGAAAUAUGCAAAGGGAACAUUGGACGCGGCGUAUGAGUCAAUGCGUGCGUUUUUCGUGAUUCAUGAAGUCCUUGGUGGAGAAAGUAGUGUUUGGUGGUCUUUUUGCCAUCGGGCUUUUUCAACUUCGAUUACCGUGGCACAUCUACUCAAGAAACGUGAUAGCGAUAGAGGACGACAAGACAGUAUCGAUGCAAACUCGACAAGAACCCCAAGACGUCCCAGACGGAGUUUUUCGCUUGAUCCACUCUGGGAACGAGCACGAAGCGAUUUGCAGCAUAUGCUUCAGAUCCUCACGGGUCCGGCAAAUGCCGGCGAUCAAGCUGCCAAAACUCGCGUAGAGGUUUUGAGCAGUUAUCUACGAUCUGACCAAAAACUUUUAUAA